GGAGAGACACUCAUCCUGGUCCAGUUUCAGUUCAAAGUUUGUCCAAAUUUAUCUGGGCUUUAAAGCUUCUUAAAGGAGAACCGUAUUAUGAGGUCUGUUCCCUGAAUAGCUCGGAGGUUCAGACCACACACGGCUCCUUAAGCCCAAAUCCGUGGCAGCUAUUUAAUUCUAAAUGAGUAAUUACGGCAUCUUUCGACUGCGCGUCAGAGUGGCUCAUUCGGAUUUCAGCCUCGGAGAGUUUCUCACACACACACACACACACACACACACACACACACACAAAACCUCUGUAGAUCUAAAGAGUUGAAUUAUUUUCAUUGUGGGGACUGGAGUUUAAAUUAAACAGGUAAAAUGUGUGACAUGAGCGCUCUGGAUAAUCUGGUGGCCAACACGGCGUACCUGAAAGCUCAAGGUGGAGAUGAGAAGGAGCUGAGAAAACGACGCCAAAGUCUCUCUCUUCCAAAACCAGCAAACUGUGAGUCCAUCAAGGCGUCUAUCGGACAAGACUUCGAGUCCCUGUGUGAACUUCAGCCCAUUGGGAAGAAACUCUUCCGGCUGUUUCUGAACGAGACGUCCGAGUACGCCGUUGCAGCAGAGUUCCUGGACGAGCUGAAUGACUGGGAACUGGCUGAAGGAGCUGCCAAGGACAAAGCCUGCACCAACAUCAUCAACCAAUUCUGCAAAGAAGGAUCCAAGAGCUUUCUGUCCUGUCUGACCGGAGAAACGUUGGAGAAGUGCAGAGCCGUGACGGAAAAAGAUUUCGAAGUGGUGAUGGUGGGACAAGUGAAAGAGGGUGUCAAAGAGUUCCUUAAAGGCAAGCCGUUUAUGGAGUACACCCUGAGCACGUUCUUCGAAAAGUUCCUGCAGUGGAAGGAGUAUGAGAAGCAGCCCAUCAGUGAGAAAUACUUCUAUGAAUUCAGGACGCUCGGGAAAGGAGGAUUCGGGGAGGUUUGUGCAGUGCAGGUGAAGAACACCGGUCAGAUGUAUGCCUGCAAGAAGCUGUGCAAGAAACGCCUGAAAAAAAAGCAAGGUGAAAAAAUGGCUCUGCUGGAGAAGAAACUCCUGGAGAAGGUGAACAGCCCGUUCGUCGUCAGCCUGGCGUACGCCUACGAAACCAAAACCCACCUGUGCUUGGUGAUGACGCUGAUGAACGGUGGCGACCUCAAAUACCACAUCUACCACAUCGGUGAGAAAGGCAUCAAGAUGGACCGCAUCAUUUAUUACAGCGCUCAGAUCACAACAGGAAUGCUGCAUCUACACGCUAUGGACAUUGUGUAUCGAGAUAUGAAGCCAGAAAACGUUCUCCUGGACAGCCAGGGCCAGUGCCGGCUCUCGGAUCUCGGCCUGGCCAUCGAGCUUCCUCCUGAAAAAACCACCACCCAGAAGGCCGGGACGGGAGCGUACAUGGCUCCGGAGGUCCUGACCGAGACGCCGUACAGGACGUCGGUAGACUGGUGGUCCCUGGGGGUCAGUAUUUAUGAGAUGGUGACGGGUUACACGCCGUUCAGGGGCCCAGACGGCAAAAAAGUGGACAAAGAUGAAGUGAAAAGACGCAUCAUUAACGACGAGCCGGUUUUUGAGCACACAAACUUCGACCCUCUCACCAAAGACCUCAUCUUGCAGUUCCUGAAGAAGAACGUGGACGAACGCCUCGGCUGCAAAGGUGAUGAUCCACGGAAGCACGAGUGGUUCAAGUCUAUAAAUUUCCCCCGUUUAGAGGCGGGACUCAUCCCUCCACCAUGGCUUCCCAAACCCAACGUCGUCUACGCCAAAGACACCGGAGACAUCGCAGAGUUUUCCGACGUUAAAGGCAUCGAGUUCAAUGAAAAGGAUGAAAAACUUUUUAAACUCUUCAGCACAGGAGCCAUCCCCAUUCCCUGGCAGAAAGAGAUGAUCGACACUGGACUUUUUGACGAGCUUAACGACCCGCACAGGAAAGAGUCUUCUGUUGGACUGGACCAGGACAAAAAAUCAGGCACAUGCACGCUUCUGUAGAGAGACAUGUAACAUAAUGUGUAUUCUGAGGAGCGCUGGAGAUCCAGAACAGCGCUUAGGGGAAUGUAGUGUGUGUGUGUGUGUGUGUGUGUGUGUGGUGUGUGUGGAGAACGUUUUGGGGAAUGUGCAGAAAGUGUUCCUGCUGUUCUUUAACGUUUGGUUAUGUGCUGUAAUAAACCAGCUCACCAGCAGGGGGCACAAGAAAUGUAAUUCAAUUAGAAAAAACAGCUAGAAGAAUAGUUUAUAAGCAAAGUCAAGUGGUGUGUGUGUGUGUGUGUGUGUGUGUGUGUGUGUGUGUGUGUGUAUUUAGCACUGCUACAAGUACUUAUGGUACAUUCACAAAGGUUGUGAUUUUAUCUCUGUGCGUCACCAGUCACUGCACCAUGAAGUCACCAGGGGGCGAUCCUACUGCUGGUUGCUUUGGUAACUACUGGAGAAAAACACAUUCAUUCCAUGCAUAUAGCGUUUCAUGUUUGAGAACCAAUCAGGAGACGCAUCAGGUGUGCUCUACUGUCUUCACUCCAGGUUUGUGUAGAGUUUUCUGAACUUUGUUGGGUCGCUGGACACGCCCACAAAUGAUCACCAAUAUCUCCUAAAAGAACAAACGUCCCUGAGCGGUUUGUCUCUGUGAGUUAUUGUUUGUGUAUGAAUGUUACUUCAUGCACUAAUCAGACGUUAGUUACGUAAGAGUGACUCAUCAGGGGGCGGAGUUUAAGUAAAACAUGAGCAUGUCUCAGUUACAUGGUGUGUUUUUGUGUGUGAUAUCGAAUCUUUUGGACUUUUUAAUCUCGAUAUUUGUUUGUAAUUAAAACCAGAUAUACAAAAUAUUUAUAUAUAAUUGGUAAUAAAUGCUAUAUGAGUAGAAGAACAUUAUAACAAUAUGCUGAGGGUUACAGAGCGCUGCAGGGGCGUGUCCUAUAAACCUGUAAUAGUUCAAUAUUUCAUCUGUAACAAAUCCAUGUGUUUGCUUUCUAUUUUAUUUUCUAUUAGAAGACGUAUAAAGUGUGUAACACAAGGAAAAAGGAGGAGAGAAGAAGAAACAGAAGGCCGUUUGUUAUAAAUUGUAGAUUUGUUGUUUAUUUCUGUAAGAGAUUUUAUCAGUGUGUGAUUCUGUUCUGUUCAUGACGACGAAAAAGAAACAUUAUUGUGAAAAACUUUAAGUGUGUGUGUGUGUUAAUAAGUGUGUAGUGGAAACAUUAUGGUGUAAUGUGAUGCUAAUUACUGUACACACAGCGUUAGCGUAAUGAUCACCGGUUGAAUCUGAUUGGUUUGUGAUUAAUAAAAUGCUUUUACACUGA